CUUACAAUCAGUGACAAAUCCAUGUUGUUGUCGGCCAGUUGAUAUCGCUUCUCGCUCUUCCACGAGCGCCACCUUUUUUCAAACAUUUAAGUGCAAUUAUAAAAUUACUCUUAGUCAUCAUGAGAAACGGUGAUUAUGAAUAAUUUAUAUUUUAUACACGGUCGGGAUAUGAUCCAACGCAUGACCAGAAGCCAGGACAGCAGUUUUCUUUGUUUGCUGGCAAUCUAUGCUGCACAUGUCGUACUUUUUCAUGUGUUUGAUGUCAUGCCAUUUUUCGGUACGACGAAUUUUCGUCUGAACGAGAUGGCGAAAUCGCACUUUGAUCGGAUAAUGUUUAAAGACAAUAAUAAUACCAACGUUACAAACACUAAGAACAAAAACAAUAACAACGUAUUUGAAAAAGGAGAUGUAAAAAGUUCAUUAUAUUUCAGAGACCUACAGAGGGAACAAUCUAAACAUGAGUUACAGAAAUCCUUAAGAUGUUUUCAAUGUCAAUGUGACAGGUUUAAAAGUCAUCAUGUGAUUUGUUAUUCAAAAGUCAAUUUUAAUUAUUUUUUUAGAUCAAUUUGGAUUCAUCAAAUUAAAAAUGCCGUAAAUAUUUUUGCUACUUUUGCUCUAAGUUCCUCAACCUGGGGAAUAAUUAGUGGUUGUGCAAUUUUUUUACUUACGAAUGCAGAUCCGCAGAAUACUCUGUAAAUAUAUUGCUUGUGUA